AUGACGGCCACACAAAAAUCGGGGGCCGUGCAAGCGCUCCGCGCCCUCGCCAUCGUGGCCGUUAUUAUCUUCCACCUGAAUUCAGGACUCGCGCGGAAUGGAUUUCUUGGGGUUGAUAUGUUCUUCGUCAUUUCCGGUUAUUUAAUGACUAUGAUUCUCUCAAAAAGCGGGGUUACGGUCUCAUCAACUCUUACGUUUUUGCAACGCCGUAUAAAACGGAUUCUGCCGAUUUAUAUAUUAACAAUCGCCAGUGUUCUUGUCGCAGCACGUGCCAUUCUUGUGGCUAAAGAUUUACGAAUUUUACGUAGCGAUGCUAUCUGGUCAUUGACUUUGACCAGCAACAUGCAACCAUUAUUUCACGAAUAUGACUAUUUUGAGGAGUUAACAGCCUAUAAACUAUUGACGCAUACAUGGUCCCUCUCUGCCGAGCUACAGUAUUACGUCUUCGUGCCGUUCGUGAUGCUUUGUAUGCUAGCCGUUGGAUAUUAUUCACGGCUCUUGAUUUCUUUGAUCGUGAUCCUCGCCUCUAUCGGAUGUCAAUUGGCCUUACCUCCCGGUAUUGGAUUUGGCCUGCUACCCUGCCGAGUCUGGCAAUUCUUUUUUGGUCUCCUCGUGUAUGAAAUCAGCCAAAAACGCCAGUCAAAUCAGAUCCACCCUACAACCCUUGAAAAUGGGCAGGAGUACAAAAUCCUUAUGGAAGAAGGGUCGGGUGAUGAAGAAAAAGAAGAGGAAGGGUCCUGUGAGCGAGUCUUUGGAAAGCCGUCACGGGACUUCAGCCCCUUUUUCUGCGUCGCCACUUUUGCCCUAGCUAUCGUAAUCUGCUUUUAUUCUGUCGGAAACGGGCUGGUCGACCGUAUCUUGGCGACAUUUUUGGCAGCACUUGUUAUUUAUUUUUCGACAAAUGGUGCCACACCGGUGCUUGACAUCUGGCCGAUACAGUACCUCGGCGAUAUCUCCUAUAUUCUAUAUCUUGCCCACUGGCCGGUGAUCAUCUUUUUAAAAUAUAUGGCUUUUGAAGAGACGAUCACUCUUCCAACCGCUAUCCUCGCAAUUUUGAUUACCGUAACAAUUGCUGUAAUAAUACAUCAUACAAUGGAACAGUGGUUUAUUACCGGUUCUUUUUGGUAUGCGAUUGCUUGGAUUGGAGCCCUUCUUGCCAUUAGCACCAUUUUCCUUCUACUCCCGAUUAACGAAAGUGACGAUGGUCCCGAGAUGAACUCAAUGCAAAUUACCUCUAAUUUUAGUAAAAAUUGCAAAGCCCUACAAACUCCAGUCGCGUUCCCGAAGCUUGAGAAUUUCAAGGUGACCCUAGGAGGGUAUGAGAAAUAUGGGGAAGAUUCCGGGAAUGGGAGCUUUAACGUCGUGCUGCUCGGGAAUUCUUUUAUGCGAUUUGGGUUCCCGCAUUUUCACAAGGCCUUGAAGAAGCGGUACAAGAAGCUGUAUUUCCAUGCCAUUACAAGUUGCAUGCCCUUCGAACAGCACUGGCUUACCGACCCGAAACAAGCGUUUUCUAAAAAUUGUAAAGACUCGUAUCAGCUGGACCUCAAUCUCCUUGAAAAAGCCAAGCCAAAAAUUAUCUUCAUGUCAAUCGGAUAUGUGGGUGGUUUCAUCACUCACGAUGUGACAAAAGACGAUAUUUGGAUCCAACGAGCCCUGGAAUCUUUUGAAGUCUAUGGAAAAUACGCGGAUCACAUUGUCCUCGACACACCGUGGCACAAAAUCCCCGGUCGAUUAGCUGAUAACAUCCAAAAAAGAAUUACCAAAGGCCUGCCGCCAUUACCGAAAAAUGAGACUCAAUUUACGUUUAAGGACUAUUUAUAUGAAUACCGUAAAGCCUUCAAGAGGGUAGAAUACAUUCGUCAGCACUGCCCGAAAUGCCAUUUCCUUGAGGUGCAAUCCGAGUUUUGUGAUGGUGUCCAUUGUCAAACUAUGGACUAUGAUUGUGGAAGUACCUUUUAUACUACUGACGGUAUCCAUAUGACGAAUUUUGCCAAGAAUCUACUGUACCAUCGCCUAAAGGCUGAAAUUGAUAUUGUGUACGCGGUGGAAGAAGAAGCGAAAAAGAAAAGAAGACGA